AUGUCGGCAACUAUCUACUCCCAGAUCGUUGGUCUUGAUGAGAUCAUACCGAGGAUUGAGACCAGCGAUUGCGAAGGCAUCGAAACUUGCACGAGACACUGGCCACAAGAUGACCAUAUUUUCAGACCAUUCUUCUACCAUUUCAGUUCCUAUCGUUCUCAAUUAGGCCCCGCCACGCAGAUUACACUAGCAGGGGAUCUUGGUGCGCAGGAAACAGUUCGCAUCCCCUCCAAAUCUCGAACAGUCGCGCGCGCGCGUCCUAUCAGGUCCCAGGGUAUGUUGCUGGCCACUUUGUUGGAGAUUGUCUAUGAUAGUCUUGGGGACAUCUCGGAAAUAGCACCUAUUGUUCAGCCCAAGCUGAGAUAUGUGAUUGGGAGCAAAAGAUAUUCCGCCCAGUCGGAAGGUGCAGCGGUCGUCGGCUCACACCCAGGUACGCCAAUAAUCUCUUAUGCGGGAUGGUUCGAAGGGCAAUCUUGGAACAAUUUCCUCGCCGAGACUCUUAAUAUCAUGCUAGGACAGCUUGCUGCGAAUUUGAGUGUUCCUUUCCAGGACCAGGACGCCUUUGUCGUCGGGUAUUAUGGCUCGUGCGUUUUUGUCGCUCGAGGUUCCUUCUCCGGGGAUAUGAUCUCACGGGUGCAUUCGAAUGGCUGCUCCGAGGAGGACGUUUUUCAGCUGAAGUUCACGCGCGGCUAUGACCUGAGCUCAAAGGACGACUGGAAUGACGCUAUGCGUGCUCUGACACGGUUGUUCCGUUACCUCCUGAGUGGGAAUGCGAGGAUCGAUAGCCUGCGCACUCUGUUCCACCAGGGAGCUAGCGCCUCUUCUCGGGACAGCUAUCCUACUCAAGUGCCUGGUGUCGAAUGA